AGCGCGGCCGGGAAAUCAUCAUAACAUAGGGGGGCAAAAUUAUGCUUUUCACCGUUUUCCUCAUCUGGAAGAGAUGUUUCCCCUCAACAUGUCUGCAGAAACAGAAGUAGCUGCUGUCGCCAGCUCGUGACUGCUCCUUCAAAAAAACAAAACACGUCCUCAGACAGCGCAGCGAGGCUGGUCAGACCGAAAAGUCUCACCUUUACACUCCGUGAAGACUGAGCAGGUGCACCCAAAGGCCACGAGCAUGCCCGUCAACGACUCCGAGAGCAUACUGAGCUACCAGAGGCCAGAUGAGGAGGUGGUGGUGGACCAGGGAGGCACGAGCUCAGUACUGAACAUCCACUAUGAGAAGGAGGAACUAGAAGGCCACAGGACUCUGUUUGUGGGGGUUCGGAUGCCCAGGCAGAGCCACCGUCACCACAAGGCUCAUGGCUCUCGCCACCGCAAGAAAGAAAAAAGGUCAGGGAGUACUGCAACACAGCAAAGCGAGGGAACCGAGACGACCACCUCCACUCAUGACACGCCGUCACAGAGGGUCCAGUUUAUUCUGGGCACAGAGGAGGAUGCUGAACAUGUGGCCCACGAGCUGUUCACUGAGCUGGAUGAGAUCUGUGUGAAGGAUGGCAAGGAUGCUGAGUGGAAGGAAACAGCCAGGUGGCUGAAGUUUGAGGAAGACGUGGAGGACGGCGGUGAGAGGUGGAGCAAGCCUUACGUUGCUACUCUCUCCCUGCACAGCCUGUUUGAGCUCCGCAGUUGCAUCAUCAACGGCAGCGUGUUGCUUGACAUGCAUGCUGACUGCAUCGAAGAGAUUGCCGACAUGGUGCUGGACCACCAGGAGGCAUCCCAUGAGCUGGAUGACAGCGUGAGAGUAAAGGUGCGUGAGGCUCUGCUGAAGAGACACCACCACCAGAACGAGAAGAAGAAGAACCUGAUUCCCAUCGUACGCUCCAUCACAGAGGGAACCCGCAAACAGUCAGAGCCCCAUCUGACAGCCACAUCUCCACAGCCUCCUCCAGCCACAGAACCAUCUAAGAACGGUGCUGGACAUGAUAGCGCCCAGGUGGACCUCAGCAAGGUGGAUAUGCACUUCAUGAAGAAGAUCCCAGAAGGCGCAGAGGCCUCCAAUGUGUUGGUGGGAGAGCUGGACUUCCUUGAGAGGCCCAUUGUGGCCUUUGUCCGCCUCUCCCCUGCUGUGCUGCUCAGCGGCCUCACUGAGGUGCCCAUACCCACCAGGUUCCUCUUCAUUCUCCUGGGCCCAGAUGGAAAGGCUCAGCAAUACCAUGAAAUUGGACGCUCCAUGGCAACCAUUAUGACAGAUGAAAUCUUCCAUGAUGUAGCGUACAAGGCAAAGGACAGAGGUGACCUGCUGGCUGGAAUAGAUGAAUUCCUUGACCAGGUGACUGUCCUGCCACCGGGAGAGUGGGACCCCUCCAUCCGCAUCGAGCCUCCUAAGAAUGUCCCCUCUCAGGAGAAGAGAAAGCAACCCGGAGUCCCUAACGGUACAGCCUGCCAGGUAGAGGAAGAACUACAUGCUGAGCACCACGGGCCAGAGCUGCAGAGAACUGGAAGGUUGUUUGGUGGUCUGAUACUGGACAUCAAAAGGAAAGCUCCUUUCUAUCUGGGUGACUUUAAGGACGGUAUGAGCCUCCAGUGUGUGGCCUCUUUCCUCUUCCUCUACUGUGCCUGCAUGUCUCCUGUCAUCACCUUUGGAGGACUGCUAGGGGAGGCGACGGAGGGACGCAUAAGUGCCAUAGAGUCCUUGUUUGGUGCAUCUAUGACUGGAGUGGCCUACUCUUUGUUUGCUGGUCAGCCUCUAACCAUUCUGGGAAGCACGGGUCCUGUGCUGGUUUUUGAGAAAAUCCUCUUCAAGUUCUGCAAGGACUACGACCUGUCCUAUCUGUCGCUGAGGACUUGCAUCGGCCUGUGGACGGCCUUUUUGUGUUUGGUGUUGGUUGCCACGGAUGCUAGCUCUCUGGUGUGCUACAUCACUCGGUUCACAGAGGAAGCCUUUGCUGCCCUCAUCUGUCUCAUCUUCAUCUAUGAGGCUUUGGAGAAGCUAUUCCACCUGGGAGAAAUCUACCCCUUCAACACACACAGCGAUCUGGACAAACUCACGCUGGCAUACUGUAGGUGUGCACAACCUGAUAAUCCCAGUAAUAAAACCUUAGAGCUGUGGAGUGAGAGAAAUAUCACAGCAUCUGAUGUACCCUGGGCCAACCUUACUGUCAAGGAGUGUGUCAGUCUGCAGGGCCACUUUGUUGGGACGGCAUGUGGCCAUCAUGGCCCCUACACCCCGGAUGUUCUUUUCUGGUCUACCAUCCUGUUCUUCUCAACCUUCUUCAUGUCUGCCUUUCUCAAGCAAUUCAAGACUAGUCGUUAUUUCCCCACCAAGGUGCGGUCCAUGAUCAGUGACUUUGCAGUGUUCCUCACUAUUGUCAUCAUGGUUCUGCUUGACUAUGCCAUUGGAGUCCCAUCCCAGAAGUUGAAGGUGCCCAGCAAAUUCCAGCCCACCAGAGAUGAUCGAGGUUGGCUGAUCAAUCCCAUAGGACGCAACCCAUGGUGGACAGUCCUGGCUGCCUCUAUUCCUGCUCUUCUCUGCACCAUCCUUAUCUUCAUGGACCAGCAGAUAACUGCCGUCAUCAUCAACCGCAAGGAGCACAAACUACUGAAGGGCUGCGGGUACCACCUGGACCUACUGAUGGUUGGGGUGAUGCUGGCAGUGUGCUCCAUCAUGGGCUUGCCGUGGUUCGUAGCGGCCACGGUCCUGUCCAUCUCUCACGUCAACAGCCUGAAGCUUGAGUCAGAGAGCUCGGCUCCAGGAGAGCAGCCUCGCUUCCUGGGCAUCAGAGAGCAGAGACUCACUGGCCUGCUCAUCUUCCUGCUCAUGGGCUGCUCUGUAUUCAUGACCGGAGCACUGCAGUUCAUUCCUAUGCCAGUGUUGUAUGGUGUUUUCCUUUACAUGGGAGUCUCUUCAUUAAAAGGCAUCCAGUUCUUUGACCGCCUGAAGCUUUUCGGCAUGCCAGCCAAACACCAGCCAGACUUCAUCUACCUGCGCCACGUCCCCUUGAGGAAGGUACACCUGUUCACUCUCACCCAGCUCACCUGCCUGGUGCUCCUCUGGGUCAUCAAGACUUCACCUGCUGCUAUCGUCUUUCCCAUGAUGGUGCUGGCUCUGGUUUUUGUCCGCAAAGUGUUGGACUUGUGCUUCUCGAAGCGGGAGCUAAGUUACCUGGAUGACUUAAUGCCUGAGUGGAAGAAAAAAAAUCUUGAUGAUGCCUCCAAAAAGACAGAAGAGGAAUCACAGGUAAUGCUCAGUCCAAAGCAGGAAGAUACAACAGCUGUUCAGAUUCCCAUGGAGAGCAGCAAGCCUUCUCAGACCCUAAAAGCACACGACCCCAAGUGUGACCCCUCUGACAUUAAUAUAUCUGAUGAAAUGUCUAAAACCACCAUGUGGAAAUCCCUCACCUCCAAUCAAAAGGACUCUCGUCCUGUGGCUGCUAAGAAGGAUUGAAGGGAUCACGUUCAUAGACGAGUGAAGGAUGUCCAGAGUCCUGGCAGAGUGACUACAGUCAAAUGAGACUGUAGUUCUGGACCACAGGACGCUGCGAAUUGGCUGCCUUGACCGUCAGCCACUUCAGUGCUCACAGAAACAAGUCUCCAUGAUUUCUACCAGCUACCCUCAACACAUAGUCCACAAACACAUAGACAAACAGACAAGGGUGCGUUAUACUUGCAUACAGGCAGACAUAUGCAUGCACUUUCUUUUAUCUUUGUGAGGACUGGAACAGUGUACUGUGUUUGAAAUCUUAUGUCCCUGAAACAACUAAAACCAAUGCAAACUCUGAAACUAGCCCUAACCUCACUUGACCCAUCAUUAUCAUCUUGGCUCGGGGGUUUAUUUUCAUUUUAACGUGGCCUUCAGUGGUUAACCCCAACCUCACACUUAACCAGCUGACCAGUGGCCUGCCCUCAUUUCAACCAUCAUCAUGUCAUUUCAGCAAUUAAACUACACAGGGAAGAAGAAAGCCAUCAGUGACAAGGGCUACCUUUGGCUUUCCAUCUUCCACAAGCCAUUCUCCCCUGUAACAGUAUUCACCUGUGAGAAUUUGAUACUAUUGAACAGCUCACUUUUAAAUAAUUUGUGGAAAGCAGUGAGACAGACUGUAACCACAGACAAAUCCUGAAGCUGCUCCAUGACAGUAAAUAAUGAAACAACUGCAAGAACACUGUGACAGCUGCUGGCAGCCAUGGAGAUUUCACUGAGAUAUGCGGACAUUUACUGCCGCACAGCUGGAAGCAAUACAUUCAUAAAAAAACUCAUUUGGAUGUAACUUCCCAAACCACCUUACAGCCCAGUCAGCCAGUCAGUCAGUCAGUCAGUCAGUCAGUCUAAAACAACAUCCUACAAGUUUUUCAUGUUCCAUUUUUGUUGAAACUCUGUCAGAACAGUGUUGAGUCAGUCACUUGUGGAGGCUGUAGUUUGUGGUGCUGUUGAACUGCUUCUAAUAUGUUGUCCCCAUUGGAUUAUUUUAUCUUUGGUCCUCACAAAGAUAGGAGAGUGUGUGUGUGUGCUGUACACACACACACACACACACACACACACACACCACACACACACACACACACACACACACACACACAACAAUAACAAAAACAACAACAACCUCUCCCAUUUUUAGACCUUGUCAUCAGAAACAACACCCAGGUUCCACCUCUCGACUGUAUAUUUAGCUUGGCUAUAUAACGGAGCACUAAUGCUCCCUGAAAAACAAACCAGGUUCUUUUUAUUAAUCUAAAUAGGUUUGCAAGUCAUCAUUCCUUAAAUUUACUCUUUUUAUUUAAUGUGCCAUGAGUGUUUUUUUAAUAGUGGUAUGGUCAAUUAUUUGGUAGAUUUUAAAAAUACAUUGAAGGUUCAGUAAUACAUAGACAAAUCCUCUUUUGGGGCAUAAAACUUUGUGUCAGUUUUUUUGUGAUGAUGUAAACUGAAAAGUGUAAAUGUUAGAAGACCCGCUUCAGAUGAAGCAGUGGCAUCAAUAAUAUGGUUUUUGAGGUGUAAUCUUUUCCCUUUAUGGAUGUUGAUUGUGUAGGGUGGAGGUUGUUCAACCAAAUGCUUGUCAUGUGUUAGUACAGUGUCUUAUUUCUUUACCUCAGACAAUGUCAUGAAUGCUAAUGUAAGGCACUUUGGAUGAUGUCAGGUCAAGGGAAAACAGAGCAGAUAAGUGGUGUGUGCGUUUGUGUAUGACAGAGAGAGAGUGUGUGUGUGCCUUUGAGUAUCAGGAAAAUAAUAGCUAUGUUGUUUCUUUUUUGGGGGGGGCUACAGGAUUUUAUUUUAAGCAAUAAUUUCUCCCAAAUUCAACCCAAAUUAACCUUUAUUUAUGAGUCCUUGUUUAUCCAUCUCUGGGUGGAAUAAAGGCUGUUCAGGAAAAUGUAACAUUUGAAGCCUAAAAACACUUUUAUUAAUGUGCCAAAAAGAAAAUUUUGACAGUUACACAGCACUGAGAGAAGAUUUUUUUGAUGUUGUUUUCAUUCCUUGUCAAUUUGGACAAACAAGGUUCUACUGUGAUGUGUUCGCCCUCAUUUUGUGCUGUCAGAGUCAAAUCUGAUGGUCAUCCUUAAUUAAUUUUGGAUAGUGAGUUUCACACACUAGUGUCACCUCAAAGCUCAGAGAGCUAAAGGAGUAGAGAGUUUAUGGUGUAAGAGAAUGAUCUUCAAUAAUUACUAAUAACUUUAUUUGUAGUUGCACUUUCUGUAGAUAAAGACUUUGUGAUAUAUUUUAUUUUCAAGAGAUCUAUUAAGCAAUUAAAUGAUUUUACAAUAAUUUAUUAUUCACAGUUAUUUAUUUUUAGAUAUAAAAUUCCAACAUGUUCUCUUUACUUUCUGUAUAUACUGUAAUAAGCAAAGUGAGCAAAGAGAAAGGCAGAAGAAUGCAGCACGUAAAUAAUGCUUUGAUGAAUGAACUCAAAAAAUAAACUAAAAUACCACCACAGGUUGUUAUUACAUGGAGAGCAAGAGCUCUGAUGGCAGACAUCAGAACUUUGUCUAAUAAACUUUAAUCAUUGAUGGAGGACAUAGAGAAUAAACAAUUAUUGAUUAAAAGGGAGUAUAGUAUUAACAGUAGCAUAAAAAGAGAAGAGUAAAUAAACUUACUCAAUAAUGUUGCUAAGGUUUGCUAACACUAGCCACCAAAAGCUACUGGUCAUACCAGACCAAGUGAGGCUGUAGCUGCAAACCCCUUGAGUGUAUUGAAUAAACUAAUGGUGCAUUUUAUUGCUAAGUGAUUCAACUUUUCAUUUAUAAGUGGAAUAACUAGUUUUUUCUUCUUUCAUGAAUAACAUACUUUCACUUUAAACCACUUUAAACUCAAAACACCCAAAUGACUCAAAUCAGUCCUUUAAAAAUGAAACUUUCAGUGAAUUAAUAAAUUAAUCUGUUAAAAAACCAUCCAAUUAAAAUAUUUGAUGGAGUCAUUUACUAAUGUUUUAAAAUAUAUAAUCUCCUUUUACUGUACAAUUAGAUAUCAACUAGUUAAUUGUUUUAUAUAUAACCGUAUUCAAGGCUUAUUCCCCCACAGUCCCCUUCAUUUCUAUUCAAGUGACAUUAAAGCAAUGUGCACGAGUACAGUAAUCUAUCACUGUAACUUCACAUAUGCAGUAAUACCUCCUCUAAGACAUGAAUGAAAGUUUUAUACAGUGUGUUUGCUGUCAUGUACUUCUGCUUUGACUCUGUCAGACUUUUGAAUGUGAAUAGUCUUCAUGUGUCUGAGGACCCAUAACUAAACUGAUGAAUGGCAUGACUAAAUAUUAUUCAUUGUAUAAAUAUAGAUUCAGACACACAAGACUGAGUGCAAAGACUAGCCAAAAUAAUGUGUAAAUUGAGAAAAAAAAGAAAAAAAAGAAAAAUGCUUCCAUAAUGGACCAGACCAAAUGGUAAAAAAAAAAAAAAAAAACACUUUUAAACAUGCAGUGUCAAUUACCAUAGAUGUGCUGUAAUGAAAAUAAAUAAUUUAUUUAGUAAUUGUUAAAGUGAUUUUAAUGAGCAUCAUGUGUCUUAAAGUUGAUUUUCAAAUGUGAAUGUGUGAUAAACAUAAAGUAAAAUGCCUUCUGUAUACUGUAGGUUGACUGCAUAUACAUGUGACCAAGAGAGGUCAUAAAUUUUGACGUAUGUGAGUAUAUGUGCUGUACAUGUGUGCCUGUCACAGAAUACAUAACCAUUUCCUGUCGUACUGUCAUUUUGACCUUUGACCUUACAUCUGACCAAAAACAGACCUGUCAUUAAGUCUUUAAUGAGGCACAGGCUGUCAAAAAAAUCAUUACUGUGUCCCAUUUUGGACAAUUGUACCAUUUCUUUGUCAAAAAUACAGCAAGAGACAUACGUUGCAAAUGUCCUCCUUCCCUGCCUAUGUCAUUUGUAUGUGUAGAUAAAAGUGAAAACAGUGCACUGUGAGGCUAUGUCCUUCUCAUGAAUACAAAGACAAAAUCUGUGUCUGAGGAAAAGGAUGAAAGAGAGAGAGAGAUGUUAGAAAACAUGAAGCUUUCAGGGAGAAGAGCAUCUGUACUGCAGUAACCUUAAACUUAUUGUCUUGGAGCCAUAGCAAGAGCGAUGCCUUGUCUCUUCAACCACUGAAUGAUUAGUCUUGAGCAAAAGAAUUCUACAUGUUUUUUAUGUAUGUGUAAUUUAAUUUUAAUUUUGAUUAUUGAAAAAUGGGAAAUAAAUAACUACAGUUGAAAUGAAA